AUGAAGGAAGUCAAAUUCCACACCUCAGCCUUACAGGCAGCCUAUGACAGUCUGUGCGGUGAAACAGGGACCUCAGCUGUUCCUUACUUCCUGAUAAAGUACACAGGGGAUACCGUCCAGGUGGCCCAGCUACGAGACUGGGACAGCUUCAACACUGAUCUCAACAAGGUAACCGUGGGUGUGUAUGACCCCUGCACUCUGCCCCAGCAUCCUGGAUGGCCUCUGAGGAAUCUGCUGUUUCUCCUAGCCACGUGUCCAAAGAAUGUAGGAUGGGAGAAGAACCCUAAAGGAGCCAUGGGACCCCGGAUGGUCAACCUCAGUGAAUGUAUGGACCCAAAGAGACUUGCAGAGUCCUCGGUGGAUCUCAACCUGAAGUUGAUGCGCUGGAGGCUGGUACCUUCUCUGAAUCUAGACAAAGUGACUUCUACUAAGUGUCUGCUGCUGGGAGCUGGUACCCUGGGCUGCAACGUAGCCAGGACUCUAAUGGUGAGGACCUGCGAUGGUGAGCUGCACACAGUGGACUUCCUCCUAGGGCACACCGGCUCAGUGCUAACAGUAUAA